UGUUCCGGUCAGGCCGAGGAGAACAAAGCCCGGAGGGAGCUGCAGCUGGAGCAGGAGGAGAAGCUGGCGGCAGAGCUGGCGAGGCUGAACCACGAGAAACUUAAAGACGAGAGGAUGAGGCAACAAAUAAGACAGAACAGUCUUGAACUUCGGGAGCUGGACAAGAAGCUGAAAUUCGCCUACAUGAACAAGGAGCGAGCUGCACAGAUCGCCGAGAAGGCAGCUCUGCAGUAUGAGAACAUGAUACGUGAGGGUGAAAUAGCUCAAAAGAUGAAGGAAGAGCACGAAAGGGCAGUGAAAGAAGAAAGUACUGCAGAACUGAGGCGAAAGGAGGAGAAAAUAACUUAUCACAGAGAACUGGAGAAACAGAUUGAGGAACAAGAGAGGAAGAAGCAGGAUGCUUAUGAAGAGUUUCUAAGAGAGAAACUUGUGAUUGAUGAAAUUAUAAGAAAGAUCUAUGAGGAAGACCAAAUGGAAAAGCAACUGAAGUUAGAUAAAAUGAGAGAAACUCAGGCACAUAUUGAAGAAUACAAAAAAGAUCAAGCUAUCUGGGCGAGAAGGAAACAGGAAGAGAUGGAAGAAGAAAAUCGGAAAAUUAUGGAGUUUGCCAACAUUCAGCAACAAAGAGAAGAAGACUGGAUUGCUAAAGUUCGAGAUGCUGAGGAGAGAAAACAAAGAGUUCGAAGCAUGAUUGCCCAGAAUCUGGAAAGAGAACAACAGAAGCGUGAAGAGCAAGAACAGAUCCUCCAAGAGCUGUAUCUGGAAGAACAAGAGGAAGCAGAAAGGAAGAAGGAGAUGGCAGAAAUAGAAAAGAGACUAAGGCAGCGCCUAGACUUACGUCAAGCAUACGAAGAGCAACUGGCUCUGAAGGCAGCCGUGCGACAAGCUACGCAAGAAGAGGAACAAGCCUUCAGACAACAGAUGUUGGCCAAGUUUGCGGAGGACGAUCGCCUUGACCAGAUGAAUGCUCAGAAACGAAGAAUGAAACAGCUUGAACACAGGAGGGCAGUGGAAAAACUUAUUGAAGACCGUCGCCAACAGUUUGCUGCAGAUAAAGAGCGGGAACUGGAAGAAAGACAGUUAGAGGUGAAGAGAGAAGAGAAGUUCCGGGCAAUUGUUGAAGAAGAGAGACAGAAACUCUUGAGGGAGCAUGCGUCUAAAUUACUGGGUUAUCUUCCUCCAGGAAUACUCAGAGAUGAAGGCGACAUCGACAUGCUUGGAGAGGAUUUUAAACUGGCGUAUCAGAAGAGAAGAGGCAAUGCGCUUCCACCAGAGAGCUGA